AUGGAGGAGAAGCAAAGGAAGUUUGUUUGUAAGUAUUGUUUCAAGAGAUAUCCUUGUGGAAAGUCUCUUGGUGGUCACAUCAGAACACAUAUGAGUGAACAAAGAACUCAUAAUGCUGCUGCUGCUGCUGUUGCUACUGUUGCUGCUGCCGAUGCUCGUGUUUUCAAGGUCGAUGGUGUUAGAAACAAGAGAGAUUCUGAAACUGUUGGUGGUGGUGCUGAUGGAAACAACAGUUAUGGUCUUCGAGAGAAUCCGAGGAAAACAAUGAGGUUUGUGCAUUCUCAUUCUCAUCAACAGCAUCCUCGUCAUGAUGAUCAUGCUGCUGCUCCUGCUGCAACCGCGGUGAUGGAGCAUGAAAUGAUCAGAUUCUGUAAAGACUGUGGGAAGGGAUUUUCUUCGUCGAAAGCUCUUUGUGGUCACAUGGCUUCUCAUUCUGAGAAAGAGAAAAAGAUUAACAGAUUUGAUCAAGUUAUGGAGGAUAGUCAAUCUGAUGAUGAGACUGAUGAUGAUGCUGCAACAAUGAAUCUGAGGAAAUCAAAGAGAAGAAUUAGGUUCAAGUCUCUUACUCUUUCGAAUCAAAAUCGAAAUCAAAUUCAAAAUCAACCUUCUUCUUGUUCUGUUAAUGGUUCUUCAUCUAUGUCUGAGAUGGAACAAGAACAACACCAAGAGGUUGCUAUGUGUUUGAUGCUUUUGUCUAGAGGUUUUUUUAGUCAUAAGGGUCGUUUUGUUUCUGAAUCUUCUGAUAAUAAUAGCUCGGUUGUUUUAGAGACAAAACCGUACGUUUCUGAUAAAAAGAUUGUUAUUAGAAAUUUUAACAAAUUUGUCUCUAGUAAUGAUCAUCAUGAAGCUGCCAAUAAGAAGCUGAAGCUGAAGUCUGUUGGGAUUGGUGUUUCGAAUAAAUCGGAUUCGAGGGAUUUCAGAUAUGCUUCCAAGAUCAAAAUUGUAGAUUCAAAAGAUUCAAACUUUGAAUUCAAAAGGCCGAAAGAUGAAGAAGAUAAAUCUGGAUUUGUCGAUUGCAAAAGCAAAUACAAUGUAACAACAACUGUGGUUAAGAAACCAGGGAUGAAUAAGGAUUUGGAUCAUGAUUCAAGAAAGAAAUCGAACUAUGAAGGAUUUGGUUUUAACAACAACAAUAACAAGAAUGAAGAAAUCCAUGAAGAUGUUAGAAACUGUUUGAAAUACGAGUUUUAUGGCAGUGAAAAGGACAAUGAUUCUUCUUAUGUUUCAACAACAGAUGAAGAGAGUGAUGAAGAAAACAGUUCAGAAAGUGAUUCUUUUCCUGCUGCAAAGUCUCAUAACAGUAAGAAGAAAUCAAGUAACAAAGCUAAGAAGAAGUUGAAGUCAAAGAAAAGCAAGGAAUAUGAAUGUCCAAUUUGCUACAAAAUUUUCAGGUCAGGACAAGCAUUAGGAGGACAUAAAAGAUCACAUUUUGUUGGAGGAUCUGAAGAGAACACUACUUUUGUGAUCAAACAAAAUGCUGGUCCUUGUUUGAUUGAUCUCAAUCUACCUGCUCCUGUUGAUGAAUAA